GUCUUUUAUUUCAUAAUGCGCUUGAACCUUUAUUCUUUUAACUCAUCGUUUAGAUUAUCAAAUAGUUCUGAUUUCUCAUUUUUAUCAUUGUAAAUUGAUUUCUACAUGUAUAUUUUUACUUCGAUACCUCGAUAAAAAACAUUUAGAAUAGACCAGAAAAUUCAAAUAUUGGACAUUAUAGAUGAUACAAACUAAGAGUUCGUGGACUCCAUUGGUAAAUAAAGACGCAAAUAAAACGGUAUUGUUUUGUUUAAUCCCUCCAUUACUUGUCAGUUUUAGCUUUUUGAGGAACGAAAAAACCUUAUUUUAGCUUGGGUAUGAAAUAAGAUCGCGUUUUACAUAAUCUUUAGUUUGCCAAAUGGUCCGAAAGUCAAAGAAAGGAGUUAAUGACAAAACUUUUUGAGUUAUGCACUCAGAAACAACUUGAAUCACUCUUUCACAAUAUAGAAAAUAAAAUUCCUUUAUACCAAAUAGAUUUUACUAGAAUACUACCAAGAGUUCUAUGCAUUUACCUGUUUUCGUUUCUGGAUCCUAGAAGUCUCUGUCGCUGUGCACAGGUAUCAUGGUAUUGGAGAUAUUUAAGUGAAUCAAAUGAAUUAUGGGCAUCGAAGUGUUUAAGAUAUGGAUGGGAUUUAAUCGCUUCACAUAGUCAAUGGGAACCUGGAAUUUGGAAGAAGCAUUAUAUUCAAAACAUACGUUAUCUUCAGUUUCAUAUUUCAGAGAGGUCAAUCAAUAAAGAAAAUGGUGGUGAUACAAGGGAGAGGUGUUCAGAAGAACUAUUCAGUAAACGAUCUCAUACAUUGAAUUUUGUAAAUAAUAAUCAUCAGGAUCAUUAUGAGAACAAUAAUAUUGAUACUAGUAUUAAUACUACUACUACUACUACUACCACUACUACUAAAAAUAAUAAUAAUAAUAGUAGUAGUAGUAGUAGUAGUAGUAACCAUGGUGACUGUGAUAAAAAACAGGAUAUAAAUAGAAACUAUAAAAUGAUUCCAUUAACUGAUACAUCUAAAUUCAUACCAUGGCGUGCACCAAGUCGUAAACCAUCUGAUACUCAUCGUUUUAAUUAUUUUGAUAAUAAUGAAUUAAUCAAGUUAAAAUCUUCUAGAAAUGAAUUUCAAUAUCGGCUCAGUAAUAGUGCUGGGUCAACACGAAAGAAGUAUUCAUUAUCAUAUUCAUCAUCAUCACCACCACAAACUGAUGAUAUUUACAGUAAUGGUAUUAAUGGUAAUGUACAUGAUCUGUUUAAGCAUGAAACAAUACAGAAAUCAACAUGUCCUAAUAUUUCAAUGUUUACAAGUCAUCGUAAUUCAAUCACAUUACCUUGGAAACCCACAUCUACAUAUCCUUCUAGACCAUAUUAUCUUAAUACAGAAAAAAUGCAACAAUUACAACAUUGUAUGAUUAAAAAAUAUUUUGAUCCUACUUCUAACUUUAAAAAUAGUUCAAAAUUCAAUAAAAUUGAGAAUAAUGAACCGCCAAAUCAUAAACUACAUUUGAACAAUUCAAAAUUGAAUGGAUCAAAUAAACAACCGGAUCAUGAAAUCGAUAUGGUUAAUUUUUCAGAUAAUAAACAAACCUAUGGAAAAUCGACGGUUUCGGAUGAACUGAACUCUUAAUAAUAUUAAUAUUACUACUACUACUACUACUA